AUGGGUAUUCCGAGUCAUACACUCAAGUAUAGGUCCGACAAUAAGAUGUACACAAUUCUGACCCCGCAGUCGACUUUAGUCCGACCCGUGGCUCACGAUUACUACGAAAUCGAUAACUAUCCGCUCGGAACCAAUGCUGUGGUGGCCGUCAUCUCAUACACCGGCUAUGAUAUGGAGGACGCGAUGAUUCUGAAUAAAGCGUCCGUCGAGAGGGGUUUCAAACACGGAUCCAUCUAUAAGACAGAGAUUAUAGAUUUGCGCGAAAUCGGAGGCAUUAGAGGCGGCUCUCAAGAGGUUGUCUACACGUUUGGCCGUAAAGAAGACAACCAACAGUUGGACGGAUUCGUCGAUUUUGAUGGAUUGCCAUUCAUUGGCACUAAAGUCGAAUACGAAGAUCCCAUUUGCAGUUACUUCGACUUAACCACCGGUGAAACGCACGUCAAGAAGUAUAAGUCGAUGGAAGUGGCCUUCAUUUACGACGUGAAACUGUUGGGCAAUGAUUCGGGCAAAUCAGUGCUGCAAUCGGUGGCCAUAACCUAUUGGAUACAUCGGCCGCCGAUCAUCGGCGACAAGUUCGCCAACAGACACGGCCAGAAGGGUGUCUGUAGUGUGCUUUGGCCGCAGGAGAACAUGCCGUUCACUGAGGGCGGUAUGACUCCAGACAUUAUAUUCAAUCCGCACGGUUUCCCCUCUCGUAUGACAAUCGGACAAAUGAUCGAAAGUAUGGCCGGAAAGACGGCCUCAAUGUACGGCACAGUACACGACGCGACGCCAUUCGUCUUCUCCGAAGAGAACGUGGCCUCAGAUUAUUUCGGAAAACUCUUGGAAAACGUUGGCUUCAAUUAUUACGGAACCGAACGCAUGUAUAGCGGUGUCGACGGCCGCCAACUCGAGGCCGACAUAUUCAUAGGUGUUAUCUAUUAUAUUCGGUUGAGACAUAUGGUGGGCGACAAAUAUCAGGUGCGAUCCACCGGUCCUAUCGAUAACCUGACGCACCAACCCGUCAAAGGCCGCAAACGCUGCGGUGGUAUUCGUUUUGGUGAAAUGGAAAGGGACUCACUCUUAGCGCACGGAACCUCUUUCCUACUUCAGGAUCGGCUCUUCAAUAAUUCAGACAAAACAAUGGCCUAUAUAUGCCAGAAGUGUUGUUCACUCAUAUCUCCGUAUUGUUCGGCCAUUAAUGACAGCUACGACUCGGAGCCGAAGAAGUCAUGGAAGUGCCGGUUAUGCGAAUCGAGUGAACACAUCCGACAAAUAGCCAUACCAUAUGUGCUUCAAUAUCUGGUCGCAGAGUUGGCCGCCGUUAACAUUAAAGUUAAGUUUGAGGUCAAGAGUUAAUUCACCAAAAGUUAUAGUUAUUAAAAGUUGUAAUAAAUUAUUUUUUUUAAAUUAAAUCAUAAGUUUAUAAAUUUCUAUACGAUUAAAAGUGAUAAAUUAU